CGUCACAGUAAUGGCUGGCAACGGGAGAACUUUGGAUCCGGAAGUAACAGGACGCAGGAAGCUACCUGGUUGGCUGUUUGUUUGUUUGUGAGUGGGCGGACGGUCGGCGCGCUCAUUCGUCAGGUAGCAUGAUGAAGACAUUGGAUGACAUUUUGUAUUACCAUUUGAGUAAUCUAUCAUCAAAUGAUUUCAAGAGAUUUAACGACAAGUUAUCGGAUUUCCACUUUUGCGAUAAACCUCCAAUUCCUCGUGGACGUUUGCUCAGUUUAGAUAUCAUAAAUACGAAAAAUACUGUCAUAGAUGUCUACGGAGAAGAUGCUCUAAAUGUUGUAAUUCAAGUCUUACAACAUAUUGGUCUUGAGGGAUGUGCAGAUAAAGUCAAGAAGGACAUAUGCGCAAACAAAUUGAACCAUUCUAAAAACUUGGAAGAUUGUAAAAAGAAAUACAUGGAAUUCAUAAUAACAAAAUAUAAAAGAAUUCAAGACCAUAAUGCACGUUUAGGGGAGACUGUUAAUCUCGCUAAAAGGUACACCAGCCUCCUAAUGAUUACGAAGUAUCGCAAUGAAGAAGAAAGGACGCAUGAGCUAACAAGCACGGGCAAAAAACAUUUAAAACUAAUGGAUGAAAGAGCUUCCGAUGAAUAUUCUAAAACUUCUAUUGAGACUUUGUUUGAUUCUAAAGAAACCCCAAUAAAUGUGAUUCUACAGGGACCUGCUGGAAUCGGAAAAACCAUGACCGUCCAAAAGAUCAUGCUCAACUGGGCUUCUGGAACUCUGUAUCAGGACAUAUUUAUGUUUGCAUUUUCCAUUAGCUGUAGAGAAAUUAAUGGUAUAACCGGGGAAAUCAGUAUGGUUAGUUUAAUAUCCAAGUUUUGUAAUAUUAAAUGUUCUGAGAAUUUAAAGUCCAUUUUGGAGAAUUCUAAAAAAAUAUUGUUAAUAAUUGAUGGUUUUGAUGAAUUUAAAUGGAUACUUGACAAAGAUACUGGAAUUUGUAGCGAUCCUUUUCAAGAAACUUCAGUAGAAAUCCUAUUAAACAGUAUAUUAAGGAAACAUGUUCUUGAGGAAGCCACCAUUAUAGUUACCACAAGGCCAUACGCAUUGGAGAGACUUAAUGAAUGUGUCCAUUUUGAUCGUUAUGUUGAAGUUCUGGGCUUCACAGAAAAUGACCGCAAAGAUUAUUUUUAUAAUUUCUUUGAAAAAAAGGAACAGGCGGAGAUGGCACUUGAUACAGUGAUAGAAAAUGAUAUUUUAUUCACAAUGUGUUGUGUACCAAUUACCUGUUGGAUUGUAUGUACCGUUCUGAAAUUGCAAAUCCAAAAAGAUGCUCAACUGGCUAAUUCUAAAACCACCACUUCCAUUUACACUCUUUAUUUAAAAAGUUUAAUAAAAUAUCACGGCAGAGAAUUCAACCAGUCUUUGUUAAGCAGAGUGAAGAAGCUGUGUGCUCUAGCCAAGUACGGAGUUUGUAAUAAAACAAUUCUAUUUGAAGAAGAAGACAUUUCCAACCAUGGGUUGACUGGAUCAGAAAUAGAAGCUCUCUUCCUCAACGAAAAUGUUUUUCAAAGAGACGUUGAAUGUCACACCUGCUACAGUUUCAUACACUUGAGUAUACAAGAGUUUUUUGCAGCUUUAUAUUACGUACUGCUUGAAGAUACAGAAACCAAUGACCACUCAGGGAAUCCCUUAUCUUAUAAAGAGGUGUUUGAGUUGAUUGAGAAAAAUAAGAAGUUAUCUACUCUCACAUUGACUAUACGUUUCAUGUACGGUCUUUCUGGCAAAGAACAAACUAAAGAAAUUGAAAGAAUAUUUGGCUGUAAAAUGUCAAAAGGAACCAAAUCUGCCUUAGCCGACUGGAUAACCAAAAGUUAUUGUAAAAGAAAGAUAUUUUUUAAUCCCGUUGAUGAACUAACCUACUUAUAUGAAACUCAAGAGGAGGAGUUUGUGAGGAGCAUGAUGGGACUCUUUUUGCGUCUGGAGUUUUCUGAACUUGAUGAGACAGAACUUAGUUUUCGAGCCAUUUCCUACUGUUUUGUAAACAGUCCAAGGGAUGAUCAUGAAGUCAGUUUCAAAUCUUGUUACAUGAGUAGAAAAUUGUGCAAGAUAUUAUUUCCAGCACUCAUUAAGUGUACGGUGCUUGUGUUGCGUUAUUGUGAUUUAACCCAAGAGUGCUGUGAGGAUCUUUGCUGGGUUAUUAAUAGGAACAAAUCUCUAAUCAAUCUGGAUCUUGGAAUGAACAAUUUAGAGGACACAGGACUGAAACUGCUAUGUGAUGCACUUGCAAACCGCAACUGCCCUAUUCAAGAGCUGAGAUUGUACCGUUGUGGUCUUACCUCAGCCUCCUGUGGGGAUCUCAGCUUAAUAUUGAUAAAAAACAAGUGUCUGAUCAAUCUUGACCUGGGUGAAAAUGCUCUCUUUAAUAAAGGAAUGAAACUGCUCUCCGAAGGAUUAAUGCAUCCAGAUUGCAUGCUACAAGAGUUGAAGUUAAGUAACUGUAAACUGAGUGCAAUAAGCUGUAAGGAUAUCAGCUCUGUUUGUGUUACAAAUAAUUCUCUGAUCACAUUGGAUUUGUGUAACAAUUCAUUGGAUGAUGUGGGAGUAAAGUUUCUUCAUGAUGGACUGACACAUCCAAACUGUACCCUGCGACACCUGAGGUUAUAUAAUUGUGAUCUGACUUCAAGUUCCUGUGAGUAUUUUAAUUCCGUUAUCGUUAAAAAUAAAUCUCUGCUCAGUCUGGACCUCGGAAAUAAUGAUUUGGAAGACGCAGGAUUGAGACUUCUCUGUGAUGGAUUAACCGAACCUAACUGUAUACUCCAGGAGCUGAAGUUGGAUAGUUGUGGACUGACCUCAGCUUCCUGUGAAGAUCUCAGCUCUGUUUUCAGUAACAACACUUCCCUAAUUAAUCUGCAUCUGAAUAGAAAUAGAUUACUGGAUUCAGGAGUAAAAGCUUUAUGUGUUGGGCUAAAGCAUCCAAACUGUGUUCUUCAGGAUUUGAGGUUGCCCUCGUGUAACUUAACAUCAUCUUGCUGUGAAGAUCUAGGUUCUGUUAUUAGAACAAAUAAAAGUCUUAUUGCGCUGAACCUGAGACAGAACGUGCUGAAUGAUGCAGGAAUGCAACAUCUAUAUGAUGCGCUGUGUCAUGAGAACUGUCAUUUACAGCAGCUAAGGUUGAAUGGCUGUGGUCUUAAAACAGGUUGCGAUGGGAUCCUACCCUCCAUUCUAAUUUUGAACAGAUCUCUGAUUAAACUGGACUUUAGGGCUAAUUUGUUUUUAGAUUCUGUGCAAAAAUGUUUUUAUGAAGGUCUAAGGAAUCCAGAUUGUACCUUGCAGAAACUAGGAUUAGUGCAUGAAAUGAUAGAUGGGAAUCAGUACAGAGAAUCAUUUGGUCAGGAACAGAAACCCGAAACAGAACCAACCUGUCCGGAGUCAGUGGAGGAACCACUUCUAACAGAUGAAGACACUUUAGAUACAGAGAAACACGAUACCUGCAUCCCCACUAUUUGUGACAGAUUGUGUGUAGUGUUAUAAGGUACACCGACAAACCCUUUCAAGCCUGGAGACAAGGUCCUUGUGAAGCGACUGCACAAAAAUAAAAGCCUGGAUCCUCCCUUCGGACAACCCACAGAGGUGACUCGUACUGCUAUCCUUACUGACGAGAGCCCGACAUGGCUCCAUGCCAGCCGGAUCAAGGCAGCCCCACAGAAUGGAAAGAGAGACGCUGGUCCUUCAGUGCCCGCUCCUCGGUCUGACAAGCUGCCAUCUACCUGUUGAUCUUAUCAGCCCUUGUUGGUGCUGCCACUGGCCGAGUGGCCACCUUGAUCAUUGGAGUCCCAAUGUAUAAGUUUAGCCCAUUCCCUUGCCCUGGUGCGCCCCUGCACAAUGGUAAUAAUGACACCCCAAGGAACACCCACCUUCUCAUCCUUCAUACCCUAUAUAUCACACCCUUACUUUUAUAUAACUUACAUAUCUGUUAAUUUCCUUAUGACAAUUAUUGAGGCCUAUAUACUUUGACCACUUUCGUACUUAUUUUAUUUUCAAAAUCUUUGUAUAUUAUUCUUUCAGAAUAAAAGGAGGCAAUGUAAGAAUAUUAUAUUAUAUUAUGUAUAAUAUAUUAUACUUUAUAUCUUAUAA